GUAUCCUCCGGCUGGCAGCCAGGCGGGCGCGUCACGUGGCCGAGCAGCGUCCAGGGCGCGGAGGCGCGGGCCGCCAGGCAUGGACCAUCAGGCCGCCGGAGCCCGGGCGCUGGGGGCCGCCGAGCCGCCUCGGGGGCCGCCGCUGCCGAGCGCACGGGAGGCGCCCCCCAGCCCGGGGGCUGGCUUUGUCCCAGCUGACCACUCCGGUCAGGAGAGAGACACUGAGAAGGCCGUGGAUCGGCUAGCCAGUGGAGCACAGAGCAUCCCUAAUGGUAGUCCUGCCCAUGGUGAGGGCACCCACUCGGAAGAGGAAGACUUUGCCGUGGAGGAUGAGGAUUCUGAUGGGGACCUGAAUACCUGGGAGCUGUCAGAAGGAGUGUCCGACUGCCCGCCCAAGGAACAGGCUGCUGAUCUUUUUAACGAGGACUGGGACUUGGAGUUGAAAGCAGAUCAAGGGAAUCCGUAUGAUGCUGAUGACAUCCAGGGUUGCAUUUCUCAGGAGGUCAAACCUUGGGUGUGCUGUGCCCCGCAAGGAGAUAUGAUCUAUGACCCCAGUUGGCACCACCCACCUCCGCUGAUACCCCACUAUUCCAAGAUGGUCUUUGAAACAGGACAGUUCGAUGAUGCUGAAGAUUGAGUGUGCAGCUUUUUUGCCUGGGGGGUGGGUGCACCCUCCAGAUGAAGGCCUGUCUUCCUUUGAGGUGAGAUGUCAUAUUUGAGGACACAUUCCCAGUGAUCCCUGAGUCGGGCACACAGACUGGUGUUAAAUAAGGUCCCGAUGUCCUCCAGUUCUGCUAUUGUUGUUGUUGUUUUUAUCGAGCUCCUCCUUGGAACGUGUGAGUGUUCGUGUCUGUGUCAGGAGGAGCUGUGUUCUUUAUAAAUAAAGGUAGAAAAAAUUU